CGCAUUUUAAGAAGUGUGGCAGAGGACUAGACUGGAGUCGGAGGUUUGACAUCGGCGUGGAGAUGCGCUUGGGAAUUGUACUACUAGUGUCUGCCUCGUUCAUCGACAUUAUAUCAGCUUCUCGUGCACGCCUUGAAGACAGCGCCCCCCGUAUUGUGGAGGACCCCUCGGACCUGAUUGUGUCCAAGGGGGAGCCUGCCACCCUCAACUGUAAAGCAGAGGGCCGCCCGCCCCCCAGCAUCGAGUGGUACAAGGACGGAGAGCGCGUGGAGACAGACAAGGAUGACCCCCGCUCACACCGCAUGCUCCUGCCCAGUGGCUCCCUCUUCUUCUUACGCAUUGUGCACGGGCGCCGCAGCAAACCUGACGAGGGCGUGUACACCUGUGUGGCCCGCAACUACUUGGGAGAGGCCAUUAGCCGCAACGCUUCACUGGAAGUAGCAAUUCUGAGGGAUGAUUUCCGCCAGGCCCCCAGUGAUGUGGUGGUGGCAGCCGGAGAGCCUGCUGUCCUGGAGUGUGUGCCCCCUAGAGGUCACCCCGAGCCCAGCGUGUCCUGGAAACGCAACAAUGCCCGAGUCAGCAGCAAGGAUGAUCGCAUCACAAUGCGUGGUGGAAAGCUGAUGAUUUCUCAGACCAGAAAGAGUGAUGCUGGGAUGUACGUGUGCGUGGGCACCAAUAUGGUCGGAGAGAGGGACAGCGAUCCUGCCGAGCUCGUGGUUUAUGAGCGGCCUGUGCUGGUUAGGAGACCCGUGAACCAGGUGGUGAUGGAGGAGGAGAACGUGGACUUCCUGUGUGAAGUGCACGGAGACCCGCCCCCAACAGUGAGGUGGAGGCGGGACGAAGGAGAGUUGCCCCGCGGGAGGUUCGAGAUCCGCAAUGGUAACAAUCUGCGUCUGUUCCGCGUGAAGGAGCAGGACGAAGGCACCUACACCUGCACAUCUGAGAACAGUGUGGGCAAGACAGAGGCUUCGGCCAUGCUGCAAGUUCACGUCCCACCCCAGAUCACCUCAAAACCCAGAGACCAGAUAGCGACCCAGGGGAGGAGCAUCUCGUUCCAGUGUGGCACCACAGGCAACCCCCCACCCGCCAUUUUCUGGCAGAAAGAGGGCAGCCAGUUGUUGCUGUUCCCUGGCCAGCCGCCCUCACAAUCUGGUCGCUACUCUGUGUCUAUGAGCGGAGAGCUAACUAUCAGCGACGUCCACCCUGAAGACUCAGGCUUCUACAUCUGCCAGGCGAUAAGUGUGGCAGGGAGCGUACUGACCAAGGCCCUGCUCGAAGUGGAAGGAGGUCCCUCUGGCCGUGUACCUCCCAUCAUUCGCCAAGGCCCGGCCAAUCAGACGGUGUCUCAAGGUUCGAGUGUUCAACUGCACUGCCGCAUCAUUGCCGGCUCCUCUGUCAAAAUUUCCUGGGAGAAGGAUGGGCAGACACUUCAGGGGAAGAAAACUCGCCUGACCUUGAUGGAAAAUGGCACACUGCAAAUAACAAACAUAAAGGACUCUGAUUCUGGGGUGUAUACAUGUGUAGUGUCCAGUCCUACAGGGGAGUCGACCUGGAGUGGGGUCUUGACUGUUAAAGAAAAGGGGAUUUCAUCAGUGCCCAGAGCAUCUGAGUUCAUCCAGCUUCCCGGACCGCCACAGAAGCCCAUAGUGACAGAGGUGACCAAGCACACAGUGACUCUCACCUGGCAGUCCAACCCACACGAAGGGGGCGCUGCUGUCACCUCUUACAUCAUUGAAGCUUUCAGCCAGUCAGUGGGAAGCACCUGGCAGACAGUUGCAGACCAUGUGAGACAGGAGAGGCACACAGUAGUUGGACUUCUUCCCAACACAGUGUAUCUUUUCAUCGUAAGAGCCGUCAACUCCUAUGGCCUCAGUGACCCCAGCCCCAUCUCCGAGCCAGUCAGGACACAAGAUGGGAGCCCCACAGAACAGGGCGUGGACCACAGACAGGUGCAGCGGGAAUUAGGAGAGGUGUCGAUCUACCUGCAGAAGCCUGUGGUGCUAUCUCCAAACUCUGCCAGGAUUUCUUGGACAGUUGCCCAUCAGUCUCGCUACGUUCAGGGUUACAGGAUAUUUUACCGCUCCAUUGGCAGCUCUUGGCUCGUUCAGGAUGUAGAGGCCACUUCAGACCAGAGUGCUGUCUUGGUAGAUCUCCAUCCAAGUCGAGAUUAUGAGGUGAAAAUACGACCUUACUUCAAUGAGCUACAGGGUCACGACAGCCUCAUGAUUCUACUGCGCACACCUGACGAGGUGUUAAGUGGGCCUCCCGAGGCUGUCUCAGUGGUCCAGCUCACCAACAGCUCUAGCAUCAGCGUUUCCUGGGAGCCUCCAGCUCAUAACGUCCAAAGCGGCAUUGUCCGUGAGUACAAGGUUUGGUGCAUGAGUGAGAGCCUGGAUGUGGACAGACAGAUUAACAGGACAGUGGAUGGGUCUGUGCUGUCCAUUCUGCUGAACGGCCUGCUGCCUGACGUCCCCUACACUGUGGUGGUGGCUGCUGUCACCGGGCUGGGAGUGGGCGCUCUCAGCCCCCCUGUCGACCUGCUUCUCACUCUACCGCUGGAGUCUACAGUGAAGAAAAGCAGCAAUUUCAGCUUAUCGGAGCAGAUCACAAAUGUUAUCUGCCAGCCGGCCUUCAUCGCAGGGCUGGGCGUAGCAGCGUGGCUAGUGCUAAUGGGCUUUAGUGGUUGGCUGUAUUGCCGACACAGAAGAAGAAAACAACUGGGGCAUUACACCACCUCUUUUGCAUACACACCAGCAGUAGGUUUUGCUCACAGUGAGGGCUCAGGGAUCAUCAAUGGAGGACCUGGCUUGUUGGGGUCCAAUAUGGGAAACUACCCAUGGCUGGCUGACUCGUGGCCAACUCCGAAUCUCAUCCAAAAUAGCAAGGACUCUGUGGACUGCUGCUCCGGAAAACUGGACUCUGAAAAAUACUACAACAGUAAGAGUAUAAUGAACUACACCAACCAAUCAGAGAAGAGAAGCACUGCCUCCAAUGAUAGUCCCAUCUACAGCACAAUUAACACAACAGCGGAUGAUGACCUGUUAGCUUAUUAUGACACAUACUCCACCAAGUCCUACUCGCAAGGCCCAGACCCAUACAGCAGUAAUCCAGCUCUGUACAACACAGGCCUGGUGGAUCUCGACCAGUGGACCCUCCAGUCUGGCCAGUCAGGCUCAGAAUACGCCAAGCUUCAGUACACCAAGAAGAACAAUGACAAACUGGUAAAGCAGAGGUCCUCAGGUCUGACCUCAAAACCAGCCGCUCUUACGUGGAUGGAUGUCCUGUCUCUGCCCCUUCCUGACACUACAGACCUGCACAGCACAAACACACAGGAGCAACAACUGAAUAGCCCUGAGGAUGAGGAUGAAGACUGGUGUCCUCCAUUACCUGCCAGAACCUAUUUGAUGGACAGCUCUAAAGAAGAACUUUCAAGUCCCAUUUCUAAACAAGAUGAGGCACCCUACACACCGAUACGCCUGCCCUCGCCCCAGAAAGACCACCGACAGCCCAACCACACUUCACAUCUCCCAACCUUUGACCUUUUGUCUCGGCAGCGCCCUAACUCCCAAAUCUCACAGUCCAACCCUGAUCUGUUUACAAACAAGGAGGAGGAUGUGUACCACACAAGCCACUGGGCUGACACUUUCACUAGCGAUACUUUCGGCAAAGAAAAAUCGCCCCCUGGUGCGGGCUCUGCUGUCAUGGUACACAGGCCGAGGAGCAAGAAGAAGCUAUCUAAAGAUGUUCAGCUCCACAGAGACCUACAGGGUCUGGCAGGCCUGCCCCCUCUACCUGCCCCUCCCCCCAACGAAGACUCCCUAAAGCUGUUAGCAGAUGUCCUGGGCCACAGCCGGACUGACAGUAGUGAGCGGAGAGAUGCCAGCGACCUGUCCAGUCUUCAGAGGAGGGAGGGACAUUUUUCCCCACAGCGAUCAAGGCCCACUAAAUGGAUGCUGCAAGAAGAGAAUGUAAACCCAUACGCUCAGUCAACUUUCCUGCCCAGUGUACAGAUGUCUGGGUAUGGCUCUCUUGGCGGUGCAGUCCUUCCAAGGCCCUCUACAGCACGGCAGAAAAAAGAUGAGGUAUAUCUUAUUGUCUUCAUUUUAUAG